CGUGGAUUCGGUAGAGAGUUGUACAUCUUUCGAAUUAUUCUUGUUUUAAAUUCUCAGCCCUGUCUGGAUUUAGGAACAGUUAUUUCCACGUGACCUAAAGUCUGCCACACUUCAAAUAUGAUCAUUUAAAUUUAAUAUCGACGGAUCCGCAAAGAGAGAAAGUGAGUGUCCACGGGCCUGCGGAAUCUGAGGAAUUCGACCACCAUCAGGAACAGGUGUUGCGAUGACAGUCAGGCUGGCAUUUCCUGCUCCGCCAGUCGCUGGUGGGGUCAUGACAUUUGGUGUCUUUGCGUUGUGUGUGUGCCUUCUGCCGCAUUUAGCAUGGGCAGGUAGCUACAAGCAAGGAGACCCCGUUGUUCUGUAUGUCAAUAAAGUCGGCCCGUAUCAUAACCCCCAGGAAACCUAUCACUAUUACACUCUACCAGUAUGCAGACCUAAGGAGGUGCACCAUAAAUCUUUGAGUUUGGGAGAGGUUCUGGAUGGGGACAGGAUGGCAGAAUCAAUGUACCAAAUCCGGUUCCGAGAGAAUGUAGAAAAACAGACCCUUUGCCAGCUUACGCUUUCAGAGAAAGAGGUGGAUCAGCUGAGAGAAGCCAUAGAAGAGCUGUAUUAUUUUGAGUUUGUCCUGGAUGACAUCCCCAUCUGGGGUUUUGUGGGAUACAUGGAGGAGAGUGGAUUCCUACCCCACAGUCAUAAGGUAGGGCUGUGGACCCACUUGGACUUCAACAUUGAGUAUAACGGCGAAUCGGUGAUCUUCGCCAACGUUUCGGUGAAGGACGUAAAACCCGUACAGCUGGAAGAGGGGGGAGGGAUAGGAGGCCAAGGGGCGGGGGGAGGCAGCGGGGGGCUGACGGUGACCCACACCUACAGCGUGCGCUGGUUCGAGAGCCACCUGCCGUACGCGCGGAGAGCGGAACGCCUGCGAGAUUACUCCUUCUUCCCCAAGACCCUGGAGAUCCACUGGCUCUCCAUCAUCAACUCUCUGGUGCUGGUGGUGCUGCUGCUAGGUUUCGUCAUCAUCAUCCUCAUGAGAGUGUUGAAGAACGACUUCGCCAGGUAUAACGUGGAGGAGGACGGGGGCUGCGACGACUUGGACCAGGGGGAUAACGGUUGGAAGAUCAUCCACACCGACGUGUUUCGCUUCCCCCCCUACAAAAGCCUGCUGUGCGCCAUACUCGGGGUGGGGGCGCAGUUCCUCACUCUGGCUACAGGGAUUAUCGUCAUGGCGUUGCUGGGGAUGUUUAACGUCCAUCGUCACGGUGCUAUAAACUCCGCCGCCAUCGUGCUGUACGCUCUUACCAGCUGUGUGUCGGGCUACACCUCCUGCCGCUUCUACACACAGAUCCACGGAAAACGCUGGGUUUGGAACAUCAUCCUCACCUCCACACUCUUCUCAGCUCCUCUCUUUCUGACGUGGAGCGUGGUGAACUCGGUCCACUGGUGGAGUGGCUCCACCCAGGCCUUGCCCGCCACCACCGUGCUGCUGUUGCUAGGCGCCUGGGUGCUCGUGGGCUUUCCCCUCACCGUCAUCGGCGGCAUCGUCGGCAAAAACCGAGCGGGCAGCUUCCAGGCGCCGUGCCGCACCCGCAACAUCCCGCGGCAGAUCCCCGAGCAGCCGUGGUACAAACACACGGCUGUGCACAUGGCCAUCGGAGGAUUCCUGCCUUUCAGCGCCAUCUCGGUGGAGCUCUACUACAUCUUUGCGACGGUGUGGGGACGUGAACACUACACCCUGUACGGGAUCCUGCUCUGCGUGUUUGCCAUCCUGCUCUCUGUGGGGGCCUGCAUCUCCGUGGCUCUGACCUAUUUCCUGCUGUCGGGCGAGGACUACCGCUGGUGGUGGCGUAGCAUCCUCAGCACCGGCUCCACCGGCAUCUUCAUCUUCGUCUACUCGGUCUUCUACUACCGGAACCGCUCCAGCAUGAGCGGACCGGUCCAGAGCACCGAGUUCUUCGGCUACUCGCUUCUCACCGCCCUGGUCUUCUCCCUCAUGCUGGGCACCGUGUCUUUCUGGGCCUCUUUAGCCUUUAUCCGUUACAUUUACCGCAGCCUCAAGAUGGACUAAGGGGGGUGGGGGGGGGGGGCCUUUGAACCGUCCCUUACGCCAUGCCCUACUCAACUGGAAAUGAGAAGGACACGUGGGCCUGGUCCUCAGGGACCCCUGUGUGUGCAGGUUUUUGCUCAGGUGGAUUUUUGAGACAUUCCUGGAUUGGUGUUGAAAUGAAAAUGGGAUCAAGUACAAGAAUGUUUGAAUCCAUUACUUGAAUGUUUGAGGAAUAUAUCUAUGUUUUAGAUGUUUCACGCGCGCACACCCACACACACAAAAAGCCAAAUCUUCUAGACGUGUAGCUCCUAGAUUAUAAAUGCACAUUGGAUUCUGAAAACAUAUAGUUUGAUCCAGAUCGAAACUGAUCUGUAAAGUAAGUAUAGAAAACUGCUGUUGAACAUACCAUUUUUGUAGAUUUUAUGUUACUGAAUGGCUACUUUAUUGGAUUUAUAAUGGAAGAGAUUUAUAAUUAUGGCAGUGAUGUCAGGACUAGACUGGACACACAUUAAAUAAGGCAUAUGUGGAUUCAUCCAGAUGAAACUGGUUUUUCCACAAAAUCCAGCAUUCACAGGAGUCUUUGGGGACUGGUACAGAUGCUCUCUCCUGCAUGCGGGAGGGGUAACGGGGGACGUUUUGCUCCAUCAUAGGGCAACUGAAGGACUAACAACAAUGUGAAGUUAUAAAGGGACAAAAAUAUGGGUGGAGUUAAAAAAAGAGUUUAGAUUUAAAAAAGACGGGAAUUCUUUGGGGGGGGGGUGGUGAGUGUCUGACGUGGGACAGCAGAGUGCUUAGGUAUGUGUCUGUUAUGGGUGUUUUCUGCGUGUG